AGUUCAUGAUGGCUGCUGCCUGUUUUGACAACUUAAACCAUAUAUAGAAAAGAUUAUUCAAAGCAAGAAAAAAGGGAGCUCCGAAUUUUCUUUUGUUUCUGUUCAUAUUUUUCAGCCCAAUAUUUUUGUGCAAAUUACAAUUGCAGCGAACGAAACAAUUGUUAGUCAUUUGGUUUUCAUUUUGUAAAUCAAAUAGUUUCGAUGUAAAUACGACGAAAAGUUUUGUGCAAUAAAAAGAAGAUGUCUUUUAUGUUAUUUAAUUUUUAAAGUGGGUAGUAAAUCAAUGUAUCGAAUAUGAAAUAAAUUGCCUACCAAAUAAAAUAUACAACCAAUUUAGUAAAUAGUUUUUGAAAUUGAACGAACACAAAAAUCAAAAAAAAUUCGAUCGACGAUAAGUGAAACGAAUAUCGAGAACAAAAACAAUGCAACUGUGCUAGCAAACAUUUUUUCGAUUAUUGUGUGUGAGUGGUUUGUUGACGUGAAUAAAAUUUCAAAUGAAAUUUUGAAUUGUGUAACGAGUGUGUUAUCAUCAUAUAGUCGAUGGUGUGGAUUUUGACGUGAUAAAUUGGUUUCGAUUUGGUUUUAAGUGUACCUGCUUGUUUUUUAUUUUGUUUUCAUGUGAAAAAUGUUGGAAUUUCUAAUGGUGCUCGUGUCGAUCAAUGGAAAAGCGUUAGAACAAUGAAAUUCCGACGAAAAAUCCGUUAACCAUUAGAUGGUAUCGACGUGAAACGCCAAUCCACACUCACACACACACACAUAUAUAGAAUUAGUUAUGAAAUGGAUUCGAUUGAUUCAAAAUGCUAUCAUGUUAGCGGUGCCAAUGCGAUUCAAACAGCUUCCGUUGGUACACAAUGCAUGGAUGGAGGAGCGAUUGGUACAACGAUCAACGCAACCAACAAUAGCAAUACUAAUGACGAAUUGACACUGACAAAGUCGAAAGCACAAUUAAACUCAGGAAAUAGCUACAUAAAUAUUGUGCCAAUGCAAAUGGGCGUUCAAUAUCAUCAACGUCGGAAAUAUCCACAACAAAUACAAUCAGACUAUCAGCCGUCAAAAAUCUAUUUUGGCGCCACUGGACGAGAUGAUUAUUAUACGCUGGCAUCAACGCCGAUUCCAUUGUCGAGCACAAUGUCGGAUUCGGUUGUUAAUGCCGGAAUGAUGGCAAGCCAUAAUAACUCUGGCAUAUCAACGCCACUAUCGAUAGCUGUACAACAACAGACCCAAAUGCUUCAGUCAAAUCAACAAACAUCACCGAUGCCGCCACCACCUCAACAAUCGAAUGUACCAUCGGUUUUGUAUACAGUACAACGAGUCAUAACCACAUCACAAAUUCAAAGCACCGAAAUGCUGGAAUGCACAAGCAGCACUGCCACGUAUCAAUCACAUUCACAUCAAAUGAUGUCACAAAUGACCGAAACACAACAGAAUUCCAACUACUAUGCUGGCACAUCAAAUGCACCACAAAAUAAUACCGUUUCAUUAAAUAGGCCCUUACAAAAUGUGAUUCCGACGUGUGUUUAUCUAAUGUCACGAGUGGCAGUUCAUAUGGAAAUUGAAGGUACCGCACAAUGUCCGGCGCAAGUGUAUUUGGCUGCAGCAUUAGGCUGUGAAGAACUUGGUAUAUCAAAUAAAUUAUUGGCACAAAAUAUAUUUUCGCUUUGGAUGAACUCUACAUUGCUGGAAAUCCAAUUGAAGCCACAGCAUCGACCGUUUGGUGUGCGAGUUGCAUGGCCAAAACUGUUGAAUAAAUUCAGCAAUGCAAACGCUUUACAAAAACGAUACGAUGAACCAAUGAUACAGCUCAGACGAAAUGUGUUCGUUUCAAAGCGUGAAGAAGAGAAAAUCAAAGAUCCACGAAUCAUCGAAUUGUUGUACGAGGAAGCUAGGCACAAUGUGUUAAGCGGUCGUUAUGUACUCGAGGCGGCACACUCAAUUAUGCUUGGUGGCAUUCAGGCACGCAUCGAACUCGGCCCAUACAAUAUGCACACGCACACCAUUGGCUAUUUUCGUGAGAAUCAAUUUCGCUUUUUGCCAUCACAUAUUGCAAAAAAUACAAGCUGGUCAUGGAUGCCAAUUAGCCGUAAGACGUCCGCUGAGGUAAAACUACUCGAACAAUAUAAACGAGUGCCAACCACAGCGACAACUAGAAAAUUAAUGCGAAAAUAUUUAGAGUUUUGUUGGGCAUUACCAUUUUAUGGUUCGGCCUUUUUCAAUGCGCAAAUCGAGCAACCCGUUCGCGGUCUUAUGAGUUUAUUCAAUCAACAAGAUGAACCGGUUUUAGUUGGAAUUAACGAACGUGGCGUUUUUAUAAUUGAUAACAUAAACGGGAAUCUUCUGCUUGGAUUAAAAUACGACGAAUUGUCAUGGGACUUGGCCAAACCGAGUGCAACAGAUGACCCAGAUUGUUUGCCCUGUAUUUUCAUUCAGUUUGAUGCCGUUGAAAAUGGAAUGCACACAUCGAAAAUGAUGCAAGUAUUUUCAAAGCAAGCCCCAAUGAUGGAUGCCUUAAUAUCACAUUUUGCCGAAAUGCGACGUCGAAAAUUGGGUGAAAAUGGAACGGAGAAUGUAGCUGAAGAACCAAAUCCAAUUCAAAACAAUGGCUGUGGCGUUUUAAGUAACAAAUUAUCAAAACUAACGCUGGCUACAUUCGACGAAGAGGGUCGAUGCAUCGGACAAAUGGGAUCAAUGGCAAUAAGCUAUUGAUAAUUUGUGGUAAUCAAAUAUUGGGCAUAAAUUUAACGACAGUUUUAUGAAAAUUAUUUGAAACAAAGAAAUUAAGUAUGCAAAGCACACAUUAUAAUGAAUUAGAUGUUUGGGUAAACGUGAGAGUGAUUGAAUUUAGUGUGAAACGAAACAAACACAGAGUGUUAUUAUCCUCGGGAAAAUAAAAAUAAACAAAAAAGACGAUAACUAUAAACGGAAAAUCGAGAAUGAAUCAAGUGGAUAAAAUAUAAAGUAGUUGCGAAAGGAUAUUUCAUUUUAAAAUGACCACCAUUUUUAAAAGUUGACGAAAUUUUAAAACAAAUCAAUCAUUUAACGUUAUUGCCAAUGAAAUUCGAGUGGAUGAACAAUGUGAAUCCAUAAGUCUCGAUAUAGUGUGAAGAAUGAUAAUGGUGAGAUAUAAACAGUGAUUAUGUGACGACUUAAACCGAAAAAAAAAUCUAGUAAAUCUUAUAAAAUGUAUGAUUGCAUGGCCAAAAAAGCAAAAGUGAGACAUAAAAGUGAAACGAUUGCUAUCUCAUAGAGUUGAAUAGUUCAAACUGGCAUUUUGUGUGACAGACAAGUUGUAAGAAAGAGUAAUCGUGACAUAGUUAAAAAGAUAUUCAAUAAUCAAUGUAAUUACUUUUGUUUUCAACACGAUUACUGCGAAGAGAGAAAAAGAGGAGGUCAAACAACACUCGUACUCUUUUAAAGACUCAUUUUCCGGGUAAUUAUAACGCACAGCAUUGAACACAAGUUUGUCUCCCCUUUUGCUUUAUUGGUCAAUCGACUUAAAUUAUAUAUGAACAAAUUGGUUAUGGCAUAAAUUGUAAUGGUUUUGAAUUCAUGUUAGAACGACAGUGUAAAUGAAUAGAGAAUACAAACCUUUGAGAAAACGGAAC